AUGAUCCGCAGAGCCUUGCAACCUACGAAGAUGGACGCUUGCGCGACCCAGAGUUGUCAGCGCUGCCGGACACAGAAACGGAGGUGCGAUAAACUGCCUCCCAUUUGUGGUCUGUGUCAACGUUUGAACAAGGAGUGCUACUACCCUGGGCCGGCUGAUAAACCUCGCCUCUUGUCGGUGCCAAAUUGGGCCGAUCUUACGCUAUUCAAUCUGAGUCAUACUAUUGAGACACAAGUCUCCAGACUUGUAGGAGACGGACUGCAGCUAGAGAGUGCAGCGGCUCAGUAUUUCAGAACAGUCCAUACAUGGUUUCCGAUCAUCUCGGAAGAGAAAUACUUCGCUCUCUUGAAGGAUGUGCGAGUAUGGAAUCAUUCUGCGCCAUCUGACUUGGGCCUUUUGAUUCUCUCUAUGGCUCUUGUCACCUCAGAGCCUAUGAAUGGUUCAAUAAUCUCAUCGGCAAACUCACUGUACUUUUCUUUAAAAGCCUUCAUAGGGCUUUUGGAGGGACUGGGGGAAAACUCGCUCCACUUAAUCCAGGCGCGUCUCCUACUCACCAUAUUUGAGAUAGGCCAUGGCAUAUAUCCAGCUGCAUACAUAUCAUCCGCGGCCACUGUGCAUGCGGCAGCCGCACUAGGGAUUUCCGAAGUGAAAGAUGGCCAUCCCAAGCGCUUUGGAGGCCCGCAGUCGGCAGAAGAGGCAUGGUCAACAUGGCGCGGUGUCAUCAUUGCCAACAGAUACGCCACGCUUGAAAGCGAACAGGCCCCCAAUGUUGCCCCAAGACAUAUGCAUCUCGUGAGCGAUAAAACAGUCACCGAAGGCCUCAGGAGCAUAUCACUAGAUCCAUUCACCCGAUUAGCCCAUGCAUCUCAACUAUUGGAUGAGUCAAUUACGCAUCUUCAUGCAACGGGGAAGAAUUCCCUUGAGGGUGGCGCAGAGGGAGUCCAGAUUGGCAUUCACAUCACCUCAUUUUUAGCAACCUUUCAAAAUAAUGAAAAGAUUAUUCACCCUCUAUCAGAUCCCGCUUUAGCUAUCUGUAGAAGUGCAAUGCUUGAUCUCCUGGAACGAGGAAUUGACGCGGUAUAUCGCGCCAAUGAAGCAUGUGUAUCUACGUCUCUGAACAUUCUCACAUCUCUGAUCCAGGAGAUAUCGCUAGGAAAGGGCUCGUUUCUACCAAUCAGUGUGCCUGCUUUCUCGGUAUUCAUAUCUUACUCCCUAUACAAGGCAGCGAUGCUUUAUCUUGGCGUCCCUGUGAUAUCACAGAAUGCCAAGUCACGAUCUCCCAUUCCAGCGCUGAAGGCUUUAUUAUGCCAUUUGGGCACGAGGUGGCUAGCAGCAAAGCAUUAUUUGGAAAAAAUCGAGGCCGCGCAAGCAAAGGCACUAUAG